AUGAACAAAGAAUUGAUCGGGCCGAACAAUUUGAACAAGAUCUCCCGCGAGUUGGAAGCAAUGAAACGUUGUCAACAUCCACAUAUCGUUCGUCUGUACCAUGUGAUGGAAACCGAAUCUAGCAUAUUCAUGGUUACGGAGUACGCAAGCAAAGGAGAAGUCUUCGACCACAUCAGUAUUUCUCGUGCAUUCAGUGAGAAGGAGGCGCGUNNNUGGCAGAUUGUUUGUGCCAUCGAUUUUUGUCACAAUUCCGGUGUGGUUCAUCGAGACCUUAAAGCGGAAAAUCUGCUCUUGGACUCCGAGUUCAAAAUAAAAGUUGCCGAUUUCGGGUUUUGCAAUUUUUUCAAACCGGACGAGUUUCUAUCCACACACUGCGGUAGUCCUCAGUAUGCGGCACCUGAACUCUUCAAAGGGGAACCUUAUGACGGACCUCUGGCGGAUGUCUGGGUAAGCUUAUUAGUCCGAUUGUGCAUGUGUAUGUGCGUUCAUUUUACCUUCGUACGACACGGGCGCUUUUUGUGUUUCAGUCGCCUACCACGUAGACUGUCCGGGUUGAUAACCCUCAAGUCACAUUCAAAUCCCUCCCUGAAUUGCCGUUUUUAA